AUGGAAGACUUACCAGUACCUGUCAUGUUCGACAUUCUGUCAAGACUUCCUGUGAAGACAAUCAUCCACUGCAAGUGUGUAUGCAAGAAGUGGCUGGAUCUCGUUUCCGACUCUUACUUUGCUGAUCUUCACCUAUCGAGAUCCCCUGCAGGCUUCAUGAUUCAUCAUAAUUCAGAAAAAGAAACGAAUGGUAAUUACCAUAAACCUGGCAUUUUGAAGUGGGUGGAGAUCAAAGACAAACUCGAUCGCCAACAUUUACAACAAGACCCUGUCAUGAGACUUGACCUUAAUCUUUCACCUUUUUUCCAAAACUCUCGUGUACAUCCUGUGGGCUCAGUCAAUGGUCUGAUCUGCCUAUGGCAGUAUGGUCUUAAAACUGAUAACUAUUUCAUAUGCAAUCCAAUCACUAGAGAAUAUAUGAUCCUCCCAAAUCAACAAUACUAUAAACAAGGUUAUGUGGUAAUCAAUCAUGGUUUUGGAGUCGGUUCCCUUACGCAUGAAUACAAAGUGAUACGGAUCUACCAAAGAGAUAUUCCCUUUAAUCCUACAUCAACAUCUGGAAUCAGAGAAGCUGAAGUUUACACCCUUGGCAUGGGUAAAUGGAGAAGUCUUGGUCAUGUCCCUUACACGAUUGGAGGUUUCUUUGGGCUAUUUUUCAAUGGCCAUGUUCAUUGGUCUGUGUUUGGCAAAGAUUCCCCUGAAAAACUUUUUGCUUUUGAUUUGGAUAACGAGACAUUUAAGUUGUUCCCAUCUCCUCCUGUUGAAACUAUACAAGGAAGUCACCAUUUCCUAAGUUUGGCAGUUCUUAAAGGUUGUUUAUGUCAAUCUGAUACCUUUGAGUCUCAAUUCACGCUGUGGGUGAUGAGGGAAUAUGGGAUCAAGGAAUCUUGGCAUAGAGAGGUGAUGAUCAAGGAAGGUGUUAGCCCUGCUUUAGAUUGGUUGAUGUGGGAACCUGUGUGUCUGAUUGAACGUUUAAAUGAUGGAACAAUUUUGAUGGUUUAUUAUGAAGACAAAUUGUUGGCGUGUUCUUUUGAGAAGGGAACAAUUGCAAACUCGGAUUUUUUUGACCCAUGUUUCACUGGAAUCGCUUAUCGUCCAAGCUUCCUUAAGCUCCGGAACUUCAAAUCAGAGAGAGUUCAUGUGUUUUAA